UGUUUAGAAACGCUUGUUCAUUCCCGUCUGCAUGUUGUUUUUCUGCGAAGUGGUGCCGCGUUAACCCUUGUACCAACCAUGGAAGGCAACCGGGCAGCUUCGUCAGCAGAAAAUGAGAAGCACAAAACCCACUGGAGCGACGACGAGACGCGCGCGCUUUUGAAAGUCUGGGAGGACCACCUCAGUGACUUGCGCAAGACGAAGCGCAACCUGAAAGUCUACGUCGCCAUAGCCGAGUGCCUGCGUGCGCAAGGGGUGGAGAAGAGUGUGAAAGACAUUAAAAGCAAGAUGGAAAAUUUGGGAAACCGGUACCGGAACCUCAGCCGAAAGACGACCGGACAAGGAGCCAUUACGUGGAGAUUUUACAAGGACAUUUCUAGGUUCCCUGGCAGCCUGCCAAUGAACGACAGCAGCCUCACUGAAGAAACGUGUGGCGAAGACGCCACUGUUGAAAUAAUUAUUCAUAGUAUGGAGCACGGGCCGUUGGGCGAAGAAGACUCCCAGCCACCUCCAGCACCACCAGAUGAAUGUUCACAUAAUACAACUUCAUUAUACUCGCCCUCAUCACCAUACAGCACAGACGACUGUUGGGCCCAACCACAGGCAGAAGUAAACAGCCAGCAAAACAAUCAAACGAGCAGGCGCACCACACAAAAGACUCUCCUAGCGCAACUAGUCACUACGAACCGGCAGUUGUGUGCUGACCUAAACGAAAGCAGGAAGCAAGAGUUGGAGCUACGGCGAAUGGAACUUGACAUUGUGCGCGAAUCAACAGCUACAGAAAAACUGUUGACUGACGAGCUCGUGAAGUAUUUGGCAAAAUAA